AUGACGAUGAAAUGGAGUGACUUGUUGGGAGUAGAUUUAAUUGAAGCUAAUGAUCGACGAAACGGCAACAUUUAUCGUUAUGUACCGAUCACUGAACUCGAGAACAAAGUUGUUGCGAUUUAUUUUUCGGCUCACGGGUGUGAACGUUGUCGAAAUUUUACAUCGAAAUUGGCUGCAUGUUACAAGGAAGUCGAAUCUGAAUUAAAGGAUCAAUUUGAAAUUGUAUUUGUGUCAUCAGAUGAAGAUGAAAAACAUUUUCACGAAUAUUUUCAAAGUAUGCCAUGGAAAGCCAUUCCUUAUUCAGAUCGAGAUCGCAAGACAAAACUGUAUGAGAAGUUCAAAAUAGAAGGCAUUCCAAAACUGGUUGUUCUAUUAGUUGAUGGAAUUCUCUUAACUCCAUAUGGGUGUGAUGAUAUUGUUAGCAAAGGAGCCGAAGCUAUCCGAUCCUGGUUAAAAAGUGGACCAAACCCGGUUAUAUCCAUAGAAGAAUAUUUAUGGCCUGAAGUUUCUUGCAAUGGAUGUCAAAUGAAUCCACUCAAGGGAAAACGAUAUAAGUGUUCUAUAUGCGACGACUACAAUUUAUGCACUGCAUGCCAGAAGAAAGGACAUGAGCAUGAGCUCACAGUUGUGUCGGAUAAACUAGCGACGAUUGAAAGUCUUGUUCGUAAAGGAAUAGAUGUGAAAAAUUAACUAUCCAACGACUUUGAAUCCCAUACAAAACAAAAAAAUUACGAUAGAAAGAACUAACUUAAUAAAAUAGAAAGAAAUAGUCGGCGUUCGAACAAUUCUACUUAGGGUUAUCCAAAGGUAGUGGCGGAGGUUCUUUUUUUCUUAUAGAAAGCUUGAAAAAAUUUUCUGUUUUUUAUGAAUAGAUAGAGUAUCUUUCGCUCUAUCGUUCUGUGCUAUUUGACCACUAUUAAACUAAUAUUAUAAUAAUAAAAUUUCGAUAAGAGCUAUUUUUGUUGAAAACCAGCUGGUAACAUUUAGUUCAUAAUAAGUGUGGUAUUUUGCAUUCCACUUUAUUAUCACAUAAUAUGUUGUAUUGAAAAAACGAAAUAUACCAGAAGAUGCAGCGUGAAAAGCUCUACAAUUUAUAAAGUACCGCUUAUUUUAUAAUUGUACUUUUUGUUCUAAAAAUGGACAAAACUCUGAGUUACCAAGUUUCGACGGGACGAAAACGAGGCCGUUUUUUGGUAAAAAAACGAAUUCGGUCUUUUUCUAUCUUAUCUUUGUAUAGUUGUUCUUUGUAAAUUGUAGAGCUUUUCACGCUGCAUCUUCUAGUAUAUUUCGUUUUUUCAAUACAGCAUAUUAUGUGAUAAUAAGGUGGAAUGCAAAAAUACCACACUCAUUAUGAACUAAAUGUUACCAGCUGGUUUUCAACAAAAAUAGCUCUUAUCGAAAUUUUAUUAUUAUGAUAUUAGUUUAAUAGUGGUCAAAUAGCA